GCUUCGUGUGUGUCAAUAUAAAUGAACUACUUUGCGAAACGAUAUUAAAAUAAAUAUUUUUGGUGUUAAAUAAUAAUAUUGUAGAAAAUCAAAAAAUAAUUUUAAUACAAUAUUCCAAACAAAAACUUGAAAAGGUGUCGGUAGAUACAUAGCGUAGCGUUGAGACUUUUAAUAAAAAACUGCGGUGGAAGUAAGAUUUGCCGAAGUUGUAUUCGGCAGCUGUAUCAAUACAUUCACACAAACGACUUUUUGUCUUUGUUUACACUCUUUCUGCAUUGUGAAAUUGCUGAUCGAAAUAUUGCACUUUGUCAAAGUCUUCCAAAGCAUUGGUAACCACCGUCAAUAAACAAAUUGAAAUAAGUCGAGUCGAUUUGUUAUGUCUGGCGGAGCACUGAUAACACUAAAGGAAGAUGCAACUGACGGUGGAGGUAAUGCCAAUGGAGGAGGGGGCAAUUCUAAUAUUGCAAAUAAUCAACAAACAUCCGGAUCCGGAAACGUAAAUGCUACUCCAGGUCACAACCCAAACGGUGGUAAUAGUGGUCCUCCGGAAGGAACACGCCAAAAUAGCUUACAACGCAUUCAAUUGCGAAAACAAAAAGUUUUUAACUUGCCUGUUCCCCAGAAGUUGGCAAAAUUAUCUAUGUACUCUUCUUGCCAGAGCGAAUGCUGCCGUUGUACUGGAUGGAAAACUCCUCAAGAAAAUCGUCAUCGAGAUGUAGAAUCGUCAACAUAUUGCCCUGAAUUCACCGAGGAAUGUCGCAGCUGUAGACACCCGCUACAAAAUCAUAUUGCACAUCUGGAUGGCAUAUCUGGUUCUCAAAUGAACGAACUUCUGGGUGCUAUAAUAGAUAUGGAAAAUUUGUUCAUGUCAAUGCAACGCGUAGAAGAUGAGGAUACCAAAAAGGUGUAUCUAUAUUUAUUUCGUCUCUUGCGUCAAUGUGUCCUUAGUCGUCAACAAGCUGUUAUUCAUGGACCCUUGGGCGAUCCACCAUUCGAGUCGCCAUGCAUUGCAAAAGCCGUUUCAUCAUUCGUGUUCUAUAAGUACAACCAUUUAAGUCAAACUGAAUUACAGACAAUGACAGAAGUGGCGAAAACAUUUCUAAAUUUUUUAAAUCAUUACAACUUCGAACCACCAUCAAUGCGUCGCUCUGUAUUAACGCAUGAAGAUGCUUCAACAUAUAAAAUUAACUAUACGCGAUGGCUGGUGUUUUGCCAUGUACCCGCUUUUUGCAAUUCUUUGCGUCAUUUUGAAACAUCGCUAGUGUUUGGGCGCACCUUACUGCGCACCAUAUUCAAGUAUAUGGCUGAGCAGCUAAGAAAUAAAUGUUCUUCCGAACGAGAUCGCUUACCAGCUGAUAAACGGUCAAUUAUAACCCAAAUGCCCAAAUUUUUAGAUGCGCUAAAAGCUGAACUAUUGAAAGACGACUCGCCGAUUUGGGAUCAAGGAUUUCGUCCAUCAACAGCUUUUAUAAUACAACAACGUAAACGUCAGCAAGAAGCGAGUACUGGAGCGGCAACUGGCAGUAAGCGAUCCGGCACUGGAGAACCCGCACAUAAAAGAGCCAAAAAGGAAAGCAUUGAUCGUGUCAGUGGCGAAUGUCAGUUUGAGGAUCUUUCUGAUGAAACUGUUGUGCGUGCUAUGAAAGCUAUUUCAGAAUCAAAGGCCAUCAAUAAAUCAGAAAUCUUAUUUCCGGUCAAUGUCUCCCGCGAUGAAAAUGUUAAAGCAGAGGAACAACAACGAGCCAUUGAAUUUCAUGUAGUCGGAAAUUCCCUAACAAAGCAAGUGGAUAAACAGACAAUAUUUUGGCUUAUUGGACUACAAGCAGUAUUUGCCUAUCAACUACCCGAAAUGCCACGUGAAUACAUCAGUCAAUUAGUAUUUGACACAAAACACAAAACGUUGGCACUUAUAAAGGAAAAUCAACCCAUUGGCGGCAUUUGCUUUCGUCCCUUCGCUAGUCAGGGUUUCACCGAAAUAGUAUUUUGCGCCGUUACCAUGUCCGAACAAGUCAAGGGUUAUGGUACACAUUUAAUGAAUCAUUUAAAAGACUACAGCAUCAAGCAUGGCAUACGACAUUUGCUGACCUAUGCUGACUGUGAUGCUAUUGGUUACUUUAAAAAGCAAGGUUUCUCCAAGGAUAUUAAAUUAGCUCGACCGGUCUAUGCUGGUUUUAUAAAGGAAUAUGAUGGUGCUACGCUAAUGCAUUGCGAAUUACACACAAGCAUUGUCAACACACAAUUUAUUUCUGUUAUAAGAAAGCAGAGCGAAAUUCUGAAAGAAUUAAUAGCACAACGCCACAAUGAGGUGCAAAAAGUGCGUCCUGGUUUAACUUGCUUCAAAGAGGGAUUACGUUCCAUACCAGUUGAAUCGAUACCCGGACUACGUGAGAUCGGUUGGAAACCACAAAUGCGUGCACAACGCACUUCACGUCCACUAGAAGAAUCUUCCGAUCCAGAAAAACUUGCAGCAUCCUUUACUGCCGUACUACAGUCGGUGCGCCAGCAUCAAGCCGCCUGGCCGUUCCUACGUCCAGUACCAGCGGCUGAAGUACCCGACUAUUAUGAUCACAUUAAAUAUCCGAUGGAUCUAAAAACUAUGGGUGAACGCCUUAAGCAAGGAUAUUAUGUAACACGUCGGCUCUUUAUGGCCGAUAUGGCGCGUAUUUUCUCAAAUUGCCGUUUCUACAAUUCACCGGAAACUGAAUAUUAUCGUUGCGCUAAUUCAUUGGAACGUUACUUUCAGACCAAGAUGCGGGAGUUGGGUUUAUGGGACAAAUGAUGUUGCGCCCUCAAUGCCGCCGUUGAUAUGCUUAGCGAACACGAACGCGUGGCGGAUGAACACAAUGCAAGCAAUCCGGCGACAACAACUUCAAAUAAUAUGAAUAUACAGCAGGGCGAUAAUAACGGUAGUAAUGGUGUUGAUGGAGACACUAAUAUUGUGUUGACAGUUAAUUUGGGUGUGGUUUCCGCGCUGCCCGAGGAUAUAUUUAAAAAUUAGACUUUAGUGUGCUGCUGCUUAAAAUAAAUAAAUAUUUUGAAUUUAAACUCGUAUAUUUGUUUAAUCAGCACUUAAUAUGUAUAUAAAUAACGCAACAAAUAAUAUUUAAAAUUAGCUUAAAAUAUAUAAAAAAAAAAAAUUAAAAUUGGGAAUUCUAAAUGUUAUACAUUUGAAGAAAGCAAAAAACGAAACUUCGUUCGGAGUAGAAAACCAACACAAUUUAUGUAUACAAGAUGACAUACUAAUUUAUGUACCAUAUACACUAUGUACUCUCAAUAUUUAUAUAAGACCCAAUAAAAUGUUAUAAUAAAAAAUC